AUGUGGCGUUGGUUGUAUCUGACGCUGCUCUCUUUCGCCGCUCUUCCCCGGCCCUCAUCCGCCGGCGCCUGUCCCUCGGACGACUGGCGUCCGUUCCGCGACUUCUGCUACCGGAGCUCCAACUUCUCUGCCACCUGGAGCGAAGCGGCCCAGUUCUGCGCAGAGCAAGCCUCUGGUGCCGACCUUGUGUCAAUCCACGACCUGGACAUGGACGCUUUCAUUGGCGAGCAGCUGCUGAAUGAGACGGAGGCCUGGCUGGGACUACAUCGUGCCGGCGAAGGUGAACAGUGGCAGUGGAGCGAUGGGUCCAACUACGACUUCACCAUGUGGUACGAGAACGACCCCGACUGGAUGGGUAGCUGUGUGGCCAUCAACUUCGCGCUCAUGGGACGGUGGAUCGGCCUCGGCUGUGAGGAAGCGUUUCCGUUUAUGUGUCAAAUCACCGCCAGUUAG